AAAAACACGAGGCCAAAUUUCGGAAAAAUUGUCGUGUGAACGUUUGUUUCAAAGAAGCGUAGCCAGAAUGGCGGAUGACAACGAAUGUAAGGUGUACGUUGGUUCCUUAAAUUUUAAGACAACUGAAGAAGGUCUUGAACGUUAUUUUAGCUCAUGUGGAACAGUUAUUGAUGUACGUGUUAUCACAGACCGUGAAACUUCAAGAUCCAGAGGGUUUGGUUUUGUCACUUUUGAAAAUGCCGAUGCUUUUGCAAAAGCACUGGAACUAAAUGGCCAGGAGCUUGAUGGUCGGACGAUCACAGUGUCAAAAGCUAAUGCACGAACUGGUGGUGGUGGAGGUGGGGGUGGUAGAAGGGGUGGCCGUAGAGACUAUGGUGGUGGUGGCGGCGGCUUUGGUGGUGGAGGACAAUAUAGAGGUGGAGGCGGUGGUUAUGACAGUGGAGGCUAUGGAGGGUAUGGAGGAGGUGGAGGAGGCUAUGGAGGAGGAGGUGGCUUCGGAGGAGGAGGAGGCAGAGGCUAUGGAGGUGCAAGCUAUAGUGGAGAUAGGGGCUAUGGAAGUGGUGGUGGCUACUAUUAAGAGGAGGUUGUGGACAAAACUACUGGCAUUAAAGGCCGUGACUGGUAAUGAUCUGUACUGCUCCAUGAUUCAACUGUGUUCCUGUCAAUCUGUUAUUCAUUGAUGAGCUGAGGUGAUAGUAGCAAGAGAAAUAAAAUUCAGUGUGCCGUCCUGAAACUUGAUGAACGAUAAACCUCAGCUUAUGAUGUUCGGUGCUCUGAAGUUACCUGUUACGUUGUUCCAUGUGCUCUGAAAACCUCAGCUUACGAUGUUUGGCUCGCUCAAGUUCCAGUUCACGACCCAUGAGUUAUGCAGAAAAGUCUCACUAUAUCGAGUCCAGCAAUCAUUUUAUGUUGAUAUUGCCUAGAGUGUAGCUCAAAGCAUUUAGUUUCAAAUGCUCGUUUUUAUAAUUUAUCUGUUCAUCAGAGAGUUGUUGGUUUGUUUAUUCAGCCCAAUAUCGGAUUACUGUAUUGCAUUAAAAGAAAACGUUUUGCUGUGUCCGUGCAA